CCCGGCCACCCGGAACCUCGGCACCGGGACGAGGAGGAAUGCGGAGGAUCAGAGGGUUGCACCUUGUUCCGGUGCCGCACGUGUUAAGUUCGGGCAUGUUGGGGUUGUGAGGAGAUGUAAGAGCGCCGGGCGCCCCUGAGGAAAUCAUCUGUGACUGUUGCAUUUUUAAUGCAGCGUGUGAGAAGGUGCCUAGAAUAAGACAAAAUGGUGGUUUUCGGCUGUAAUGAAUGUGGAGCGUCUGUCAAGAAAGCCCUAGUGGAAAAACAUUUUAAGAUCUGCCGGAACUGUCUGUGUUUGUCAUGUAUUGAUUGCGGCAAGGACUUUUGGGGAGAGGAUUACAAAGCACACAUUAAAUGCAUUAGUGAAGAUGAGAAGUAUGGUGGUAAAGGAUUUGAAGCCAAGGUCAAAAAGGGAGAUGUGAAACAACAACAGUGGAUACAAAAAAUUCAUGAAGCUAUGAAUGAAUCAAAUGUUAGUCCCAAGGUGCGUGAAAUUCUGAAGCAAAUGGAUUCGUUUGACAACAUACCUCGAAAGAAAGCCAAAUUUCAGAACUGGAUGAAAAACAGUUUGAAGAUUUAUAAUGAGGAUCUACAGGGCCAGGUGUGGGAGAUCUUUGCUGCUGCUGUCAGCAAUGAUAAAAACAACCAGCAACCAAAGCAGAAACACAUUCAGAGUGGUGUAGACCCAUCAGAAUCAGUAGAAGCAAACCAAGAUCAGGCACCUGUAGUAGAAAAUGAAAAGAAAGAAAUAAAAAAACUGGAAAGAAAAGAAAAAAGGCAAAAAAAAUCCAAAAAAGAGAAGAAACACUUGAACUCAAAGGAUGGUGAAAAUUCUUUAAAGUGUGAACCAGAUUCCAAAACAAGUCAUCUGGAAGGGAAAAGGAAGAAAAAACUUAAAAAGCAGCAUAAAGAUGAAGCCCAUGCAGUAGAGGAAAAUGGCAAUCAAGCAAAGGGCUAUGAGCAACAAGACAGUGAAAAUUUACAUGGCAAAAAGAAGAGCAAGAAGCGUAAACAGAAAACAUCCAGUGAAGAUGAACCCAACCCUAAACAACAGAAAGUUGAAAUUCCAGAAACCAAGGAAGUGGAAGAAAAUAAUGAGAAAAAGCAAGGAAAAUUCAGCUGGAAAAGAAUGAUCAAGAUUGUUCUACAGCAGUCUCCAGAGCAGGAAAUUUCUAUUAAAAAAUUAAGGAAAAAGGUUCUAUCCCAGUAUUACGCUGAGAAUGGCGAUAGUAACUACAAAUCUGAAGUGGAACUCCUGGCAGUUUUUUACAAGAAGAUAAGCUCGAACCCCAAAUUUAAAGUGCUGAAAGAUAAAGUGAAACUUGUAAAAUAAUAUUAUGACUUGACUGUUGAACUGUAGGUGACAAAGGACUGGACCAUCUGGACAGAAAAUGAGUUUAUUCUGUCUCUUUCUCUGCAAUUGUCUUUCAGAAUGUAGUGCUUUUAUAUCUAAAGCUGAAAUUUCAGCGUUGAGUUGGGUGACAGCUAAUACUUCACCAUGGCUUAGAGAUGCCCGAUUAUUUAAUAAAAUGAACUACUUUUACAUGUGCUGGAAGAAUUUGACUCUUUCACAACUUUGAAUUUAAAGUGAAAUUACUCACAUUUAAAUUAAGUAUUUAGAAGCUGUGAUGUGAUCGCAGGAUAGAUACAAAUCAAGAAAGCCGUGGAACCCAUCUACGCUCAAUUUUACAGAACAAUGCUACAACCUCUGUUUUUCCUAUCAUAGAAUCCAAAUGUUUUCUUAACUGUUUUAGUAUGGAGAACAUUGACAUUAGUCAAUUAAGGAAAAAUGUAAGGGUUUAUUGUGGCUUUAAAAAUAUGUAUACAGUAGCUGUGAUUUUAAGAUAUGGAUAUAGUGAUGUCAAAACAAUGAAAUUUUUAUCUAUAAUAGAAAUAAUACCCACAUUCAAAGUUUAUUUUAUAUUCCCCUGUUUAAUAUUGAAAAAGGUUACUUUAUUUAGUUAUUUUACCUAUAAUGUAAUAAAAUAAGGUCAGAUGCAUUGCCUCUCUUCUGGCCUCUAGUACAUUUGAAUGUCAGACUUUGCAAUAUGCUGAAACAAUUCAACCUUUGAUUCAACACCACUUGGAUUGAAUAUGUUUUUGUCAUGAAGUGUCAAAUCAAAUGGAGAAAAAUAGUGACAACUCCAUUACCUUAACCAUUAUGUUGCUAGUCGCUUAAGGUGGUGCAAAGCCAUUAACUGUACCUUCUGACAAAAAUAUAUUUUAAAAAUUGAGCAGUCACGGUGCAAAAGCUAGCUCGGAACAGGAGUGCUCGUCCAUAUAAUCUUUCCUCAAUCUGCAGCAUGCAGCACUGGAGCGGAAUAUUGGAACAGGAUAUUUCCCAAUUGGGAGUCUAUCUUCAGUCAGUUCAUCACUAUUAUCAGGCUGAGCACGUGAGCUACAAUAUAUUCCAUCCCAGAGCCCCUUCUGCUCCUUGUUUUCCCAUUGUCACUUUUUAAUUUAGGUCUCCUAUAUAUAGCUCCACCAUCUCAGCUUUGGCCUUCCACAAGGUGUUUUCGCAACUGACCUUUUGAGUUUCGGAGAAAGGAAAAAUAGUGGACAAAACGGAGUGGCUUUGUGCAGUUUCUACAUUUUGAUACAAUUGAUGGAUUUCUCUGAAUGGAUUCUGAUGUGCUGCAGCCGAAAAGGACUGGAAAAAUUUUUUGAGUAGUUUAAUUGGUUGUUUCAUUUUUUGACUCAUGAAUGUUUGAGUGUCACGUUCUGAUUUGCUGCAGGUUUAGGAAUAUUAAGUUUCAAUGAAUCAGUGAAAUAUUGACAGAAAUGUUUUUGUUAUAAGGUAUGGUGUAUAUAUAUUAUGUUACAAACAACCAUCUUGCCUUGUAGUAAGACGCUGGCUUGGCUCUAUAGCAUUCGGAGCCUGUACCUAAUAAUACAGAACAUGUUUAUUGUUUGUAAAAUAACACAAUUUUAGAGUAAACUAAGGAAACUAUAUAGGGUACUCUUAAAUAAAUUAACAAUGCUAUAAUUAAAUGAAUCAUGAUUGUCAAAA